CAUCUUAUAUUUCUCACAAGUGAUCCCAAAGUUACACGUAGAUGUAUUUGAAUGAGAUCCCUCUUAAAUCCUAUUUUACCCUUCAACAUAGGCCUUGCACUUCAUAACCGUUUUUCGAACUUGAUCUACCUCUGCACCUCCAUAACUCUCUCUCCAAAUUCACUGGAAUAUAUCUCCAACAAACCCAUCCAUGAAAUUGCUUUCUCUAUCUAUUCCUUCUUGCAAAAAUGCACCAGCCUCAGUUGUCUCAAGAAAGCCCAUGCCAAGACCUUUGCUUUUGGUCUCCAACAUGACACACAUUUACAAACCAAAUUGGCCAUUUUGUACAUUUCAUUUAACCGCCUUGAUAUCACAAGCAUUUUAUUUGAAUGUAUGCCAAAUCCAUGUAGCUACUUUUGGAAUAUUAUGAUAAGGGCAUAUGUCAAUGAAGGCCGAUUUCGCAGAUCAUUAGAACUCUACCGAAUGAUGAUGGAAAAAGGUCAAAGACCAGACAAAUUUGCUUUUCCUUUUGCACUAAAAUCUUGUGCAGGAUUAUCUGAUAUGCAGAUGGGAAAGCUAAUUCACCAGCAUUUAGUGUGUUGUGGGUGUAGUAAUGACCUUUUCGUUAAUGCUGCUUUGGUUGAUAUGUAUGCAAAAUGUGGUGACAUAGAAGCUGCCCGGCUUGUGUUCGAUAAAAUGGCAGUAAGAGAUUUGGUUUCUUGGACAUCAAUGAUAUCGGGGUAUGCUCACAAUGGUUAUAGUACAGAGACGUUGGAGUUCUUUGAUCUCAUGCGUGGUUCGGGAGUAAAACCAAAUAGGGUAAGUAUUCUGAGUGUUCUUUUAGCAUGUAGUAAUCUAGGAGCUCUGAGGAAAGGACAAUGGUUGCAUAAUUAUGUAAUUAAAACCGGUUUUGAGUCCGAUAUCUUGGUUGCAACUUCUAUUAUGGAUAUGUAUGCAAAGUGUGGGAAUUUGGGUUUGGCGCGUACUUUAUUUGAUGAAACACGAGGAAAAGAUGUUGUUUGCUGGAGUGCGAUGAUUGCAAGCUAUGGAAUUCAUGGUCAUGGAAGGCAGGCAAUUGAUCUUUUUAAUCAAAUGGUGAAAAAUGGGGUAAGGCCAAAUCAUAUAACAUUCACUUGUAUUCUCUCAGCUUGCAGCCAUUCGAGGUUAUUAGAAGAAGGCAAGAGGUAUUUUCACUUGAUGAGAGAGGAAUUUGGAGUUGCACCAAAACUAAGUAACUAUACAUGUAUGGUGGAUCUUCUUGGCCGCGCAGGACAACUUUCAGAAGCACAAGAACUCAUAGAAACUAUGCCAGUGGAACCCGAUGCUAGUAUUUGGGGAUCUUUGCUCGGUGCUUGCCGAAUUUAUGGGAAUCUAGAUUUAGCAGAGAGGGUUGCAGAUCGCAUUUUUCAGCUGGAUCCCUUUCAUGCUGGUUAUCAUGUUCUACUUUCUAACAUCUAUGCUGCUAAAUCUAGAUGGAAUGAAGUCGAGAAGAUCAGGAAGAUGAUGGCUCAGCGAGGCUCCAAUAAAGUUCAGGGAUUUAGUUUGAUAGAGUUUGAUAAUCUGGUUCAUAAAUUUGGAGUAGGAGACAGGUCAAAUCCUCAGUCAGAGAAGAUCUACUCUCUUCUUGACGAGUUGGCAGCUCCAAUGAGACGCUUGGGUUAUGUCCCCUUGACAGACUUUGUGCUUCAUGAUAUUGAAGAUGAAGCAAAAGAAGUGGCACUUGCCUACCACAGUGAGAGGUUGGCCAUUGCAUUCGGAAUCAUCAAUACUAGUCCUGGGACUACUCUUCGAAUCACAAAGAAUCUAAGGAUUUGUGGUGACUGUCACAAUGCCAUUAAGUUCAUCUCAAAGAUUGUGAAUCGAGUCAUCACUGUAAGAGAUAUGCAUCGCUUUCACCAUUUUGAGGAUGGAGGUUGUUCUUGUGGAGACUACUGGUAAGAUAUCAGUAUAUUUUAGUUGUGACUACAUACAUAGAUGAUAGGGUUCUGUUGACAGCUUCUGUUACCUUCUUUUUCAAUAGAAGAUGUAACACUCAAAUCUCAGCUCGAAGAUUGAAUCGUGAUAGUGAUUGAGGAUACCACAUUCUUACUUUAAAGAUAAAAGUAGGGGAAGCCAAAGGAAUUCAGAUGACAUGUUACCAAAGCUACUCAACUUGGAAAGUAAAAAAUCGAACUUAAAAAAUUAGAGUUAUCCAAGGAUGGUCUUCAUAAUCGACAGAUUUCAAAUUGUAAUAAUAUUUGCCCACUUAUGAAUGAGAAGGAUUGAUUAGCAGGCUUCUGGAUUUUCUUGUGAAUCCAAGUUGAACUAAUUAUAUACUAUGUAUGCUUGUUAUUUAGAUUAGAAAUGGUAAAACACUUUUUUCUUUGUUUGUCUGAA